GACCAAACGAGUAUAUUAUAGUAGAAGACGUUGCUCCAUUUUAUAAUCUGUUAUCUUACUUCGAUUUUGCCAAGGAGAAGGAAAGAUAAAUAUUUAUCGCCAAAGAAUUCGAAAACAAACAUUCUGGCAACAACAAAUUUUUAUUCAGUUUGUUGUUUUAUUAUUCGAUUUGAAUACCUAGGUGUGAUUUUUGAGCUACUAUCAAAAUGAAAUACCCACUGGUCAUCAGCAUAAUCCUAUCCUAUUUGGCCGUUUCAACAUUCUGUGGUUAUGACAGUUCAGAGGAGGAUGUUGAGGAACUGACACUUUUUCGCAAAUCAGGUACACUCUCGCCCUCAACCUUCUAUUUCGAAAACAACCAGGCAAGAGAACUGAAGUUGAAAGAGUGCAAUUAUGACAAAAUCUUGGUGAACAGUUUCAUGUAUAUACGGAACCUGAAAGAAAUCGAGAUUGACAGAAGUACUAUUGGGGAAAUCACCGAAGGAUCCUUCAGCGGAUGCGACCACCUCAAGGAAAUUACCAUAAAAAACUCCAAAAUCGACAUUUUAAAUCCGAGAACUUUCAGUGGCCUAUCCAAAAUAAAAAAACUCAAGAUCAAAACCACGAAUAUCGGAGAUAUCAAAGCGAAAAUGUUUUCUAAUUGCUCAAGUCUGGAAGAAUUGGUGUGUGAAGAAUGUAACAUAGAGAAUAUCGAACCCGAUUCUAUGGUUGGACUGAACAAACUCCGAGAACUGGACUUGCAGAAGAACGCCAUCAAAAAAUUUUCCUUCGCGAAGCUGCCGAACAUGCCGAAUUUGAAAAAGAUCAAUUUGAGCAACAACCCUUUGACUGAUCUGGAUGUGACAGACAUAAAGACGAAGUGUCCCAGUUUGGAGUCGAUCAAACUCAAGGGAGUCAACCUGGCUCAAUCAGUGAAACAACAGCUCGAAAGUUUGAACAUCAAAAUAAAGAAAAGUUAGAUCUUAUACUUCUUUUAUUAAAUUUGAUUUUGAAUAUAGGUAUAGAUUAGA